UCGGCGACGGAUGCCAGCUCCUCUGCCCAGAGUGUGUCGCGGGGAGCUGCGACCCCGUGUCAGGAGCGUGCGUCUGCCAGGCGGGCUACUGGGGAGCCAGCUGCAACGACACCUGCCCGGAGGGGUAUUUCGGCGUGAAUUGUUCCUCGCCCUGCCAGUGCUCCCGGGGGACCUGCCACCCCAUGCAGGGGAACUGCGUGUUGAGUUUGAAGGACCAUGGGGCUCUCGCAGCCGCCAUCCUCGUCCCACUCCUGCUGCUGCUGCUCUGCGUCACCUGCUGCUGCUGCGGAGCUGCCCCAGCAGAUGAGAGAGACAGGUACUAUUUUGUAUUUUGGAGCUUUUGGUGUACACCCUGUCCCCCAUGUCCCUUCAUGCCCGUCUCCCCACGCAGGGCAGCCGUGCCGGAUGACGACGUGCUGGCCAGGAUGAAGCACCACGUGCGGGGGGUGCUGGCAAACCUCAGCGCUAUGAUGCCUUGCUUUGCCCUGGGGGGCUACAAACUUCCCAAAGUCACAGGUGAAAAAAGCGUCGCUGCCGAAAAGCCCUUCCAGGCUGACACCCUCACCCCACGCUCUCUGCACUGUCACCUUUUGAGGGGGGAGCCUGAGUUGCUCUGCUGCCCCCAGCCCUGAGCACCCCAGGGUGCCUGGGCUCAGCUGGAUAUCUUCUCCCCAGUUUCCCACCACGACACAGAAAUUCCCUUCAACCCCAGCUUCAUCGAGCCGCCGUCAUCCGCCUGGGUCUCAGACAGCUCCUUCUCCUCCUCCUUCGACACGGACAAUGAGGGACCCGAGUACUCCGUCCCUCCCAGAGAAGGUGUCCCACUGCUGGGGGGGGCUGAGCUGCAGGAUGGGGCGUCCCCCCGCAGCGAGGUGCUCCCGGACCCAUCCGCCUUCGACUCCGAGGAUGUCUCGCAGCCCUUCGCCAUCCCCCGCACCUCCAGCAUCGCCAAGGCCAAGCGGCCCUCUGUGUCUUUCGCCGAGGGGACAAAAUUUGGGGCAAUGGAGACCCCCAGCCCUGGGCGGAAGCCCAAGACCCCAUGGGGCCCAUCCAAGCUGGCCACCCCGGGGGGACGCCGGCGGGUGGUUUCUGGCACCAGGCAUGUGGCCCAGAGAGUGGAGGCUCUAGAAGCGGCUGCAAAAUCCGGCAGCUGGGAAGCGAAGGGGAAGGAGCCCAACGUCACCACCAUCUACAUGAUGGUGGGAACGGCCGGGCAGGACCCCAAAGCGGAGGGGGGUGGCGAGGGACCGGUCCAGGCUGUGCUCAAGCGUCUGGGCAGUUUGCAGAGGGGCAAGUGGGCUGCAAAGGAGGAGCCCAAGGUGAGGAGGAGCGUGGAGGCCAUCCAGAAACCGCCUCGUCGAGCCCUGGCACAGCGCAGAGACUCGGAGAAUAGCUGCAGGCAGAGGGAGAGCAUCCCAGGGGCUCCUGCCGAGGCAUCCCCUGGCAAACACCAGCAUCUCCCUGGGAAAAGACAGUCCCUCCUUCUCACAUCUCCCUCGCCAAAAAGCAGCGAGGCCCAGGAUGGGGCCGGCGAUGCUGUGGGUGCCAUAGAGCAGGGCAAAAGCCCUGAGUUAGUCCUCAGCCUUGACGCAAAGGGACAGGCUGCCCCAGAGGAAGAGCCAAAAUACGAGAACGUGACAAACAGCAGUGCCAAUUCGCCCCCCAGCCCUACCAAGGAGUCACUGGCCACCCCUGUGGCCACCUGA